CAUAUAUAUGUGUUGCUUGUGUGGUUCAUAGAGAGCUUGGGCUGCCUGUGGUGACGCAACAGUAUAACGUACAUGAGGUAUUUUAAAAAGUGCCCCUGUUGUUCUUGCAGUACACAUGGUAUGUACGAAACUCUCUGUGUUUUUGGAUGUUUGUCAAUUUUUUCCCUCACGUUUGUACGAGGCUUAGUUGUAUCACUUACCAUUAUUACAUGCUAUAGGCUCACGGUUUGCUCAGGUGGGAACUUAACGCUCUACAUGUUUUAAACGUGCUGCACAAAAUGGCUUCCACAGCACGUGUAGUGUGCUGGCAAAACCGCGAAGAAUGGUUAUAUGUCUAUAGAACGUUGUUCAACUUUGACAAACCAGAUGCUCAAAGGAAAGCAGUAGAUCGUGUAGCUGCAUGGAAAAGCCGAAGUGUGGGUAAACUUCCCCUCGCAAUCGAAAGUACAGCAAACCUUAUUUCGGCUCAUUUAGGACUGGUGGAUUUAAGAACAAGGGCCGUCGAAGGGCGAUUGACUUUAGCAAUGGCAAUAGUUCGCUUUGUCAAUGGAAUGGUCGAUCAAGUUCAAAAAGGAAAGUUUGCACGUUCAGUGCAGUCAAUUGGAGAAGAAAUUGGUUUACCUGGUUGGCUUAUUGACUUGAGGCACGAAGCAACACAUUCAAGCUUGCCAUCAAUGGAAACUUUGCAUUGUGGCUUACGGGCUAGUUUGUCGUGGUUGCAGGAUGAAUACUGGGAGGCUCAGCUUAACAUGCACGAGGAUAGCAUGGAGAAACUACAGCAGCUGCUCAACAAAUAUAGAGAUGUUGCCUUGAGGCAUGUUCUAAAAAGAAAGAAGGUAACUAAGUUCAAGAGCAACAGUGAACUGACAGAGAUAUCAAACGAGAUUACAAGCUUGAUAUCCAUGAGCAAUUUAUGGUCCCUUGUGCCAAGUGUUUUGUAUCACAGAGGCAUGCUGGUUCCCUCUUGUGAACAGCUGGAUACACUGAAAAUCAGGUGGCCAACAGAACACAGCCCUUCUGCUUCAUUCAUUACUGAUGUUCCAGUAGAGAUUAUCAACAUGUGGAAGCCAUUAAUAGAAGCACUUGAUAAAGCAUCUUCAGAAUUUAUUGCCUCUGUCAUAUUUUACUUCCUUCAGAAUCAGUUAGAUGUUCCUGGCAGUCAAACUGAGGUUAUUUCUCAUGGAUAUGCUGGAUGGGUAAAGCACUUUUUGGAAUCAAAGGGAGAACCUUCUCUGGUAUUGACUGGUGAUCUGCCUUGGGUGAACUUGUUGAGAACUGCACUGGAUAAUCCAACACUGUAUUCUGCGACAUUUAUUCCAUUGUUCUUAGAGAACAUCCCUUCAAUUGAUGCUGUGUUAAAAGAAAGACUUCAACGUCUGGUUGCCAUUUUUCUUGGACCAUUUUCUUCAGCCUGUGAUAGUUCUAAUGAUUUAAACAAGUCUCAGGAUGUUGAUCUAGAAGGCUGGAUGGCCGGCAGAAGAGAAACCUCCAUGGAAACAUCACUGCAACAGAGUGAACCAACACGUGGGUGGGAAGUCAGCCGUGCUUUAACACAAUGGCAUUUAAUCCCAUGUGGGGAAGUUUUAGGAACAGCUGAUGUCACUCCUAAUAAUUUAGAAUUACCACCAGCCUUAGUGAAUCCAUAAGACAAGCACACAGCAGAAGUGUUAUGAACACAUAUUGAUUAAAAUGGCUAGCAAUGACGGUUAAACUUUUGGCAGCCAUGAUUAUAGUGAUAAUGUCAGUGUUCUUUCACGCAGGCAGUCCUAAUUACAUUGAAACAUGCAAGACGUUCAUCGUUAUGGGUAGUAGCAAUAACUGAUAUUGAUGUUGAUAGUAAGUUUGAUAGUUGUUGUGUUUGCAUUGUAUAAGUCUGUAUGUGUGUAAAGUCAAGCCAGUAGACUGUGUCAGGAAUUCUUCUGGUGUCUGCUUGAACAGCUUCCUACAGAACGUGUCAUUGAAAAUAAUUGCUUCAUUCAUGUAGCUGUAUGAGGGUAAGGUUUUACUACUCUCACUGAAUCCUUAAUUUACCUGUGCAUUACUUUAACAGCUAUUAUUUACAAAGAAUUAGAAAACCAACCCUCUUAUAACAUACAUGCCUACCUGCCUGUCUGCAUACAAGAGAUUAUACACUGUAAGGAAAAUGAAAAACAACUGAAAAAAUGAAAUAAAACAGGAGAGCCAUUACUCCAUACUUAGAGGGUCACAAGGGCAAACCAAGUUCCUUUUUGUUCAUGUAUGGAUCACUUGGAGGUAAAACAGUAAUGUAUGAAGUCAUAACAUUUUUGUACCAUAGCCAGCAUGUAAAAUUUGCAAAACAGUUUCUAGUACUUUCCAUGACUUAGAUUUUGAUGGGUCAUUAUAACCACUCUCUAUCAGUUUAUGCUACAAACAUGGUAUCAAAAACUGCCCAAUCAUUGAUGAACAUGUUGUUAUCAUUUUCGUGACGAAAUAGGUUACCAAAGCAACAAUAUAACCCGCUAAAAACAUCCUUAAUUUUUUUAUUAUAACCUCAUCA